AUGGUCACGCCCACACCUUAUGGGGCGGGGAUUUCGCAGUCCUCAGCUAGCAUCAGCUGUUUCCGUAGCAGUCCUGAUGCAGACGCCGCACUAAGCUUCGGCAGGCCAUUCCGGAUAGCUGUGCCAGAAUCCACCAUAUACGCAUCUACUACCCUCCCUGCUGGCAGUAGGGAAAUAGUGAAUGCCUCAGUAGGAGCGAUCACACAGGAUCUGACCUCUAGUGUUGAUGCCACUGGGUUGUUUUAUUGUGAAGGUUCCAAUAGAGGGCUAACAACGCGGGUAUACAGCAUCAUCCACAGUGUUCACAGGAGGUUGGAAACUGUUGAUGGACUGGUGACAAAGACGGUCAACAAAGGAGAAAAUGUGACCCUCACGGUCACCCAAGUUGGUUCAGGUGGCCUUCCUCUCUGGCGACGAACACGGAACGGAGUCCUAAACUACACAUACCCCGACGCUCGUCAGAGCAGUAUCAAGGUGCCACCUCGGGAAACUGUGGAUGGGGAUUUGUACACAGCCGUCGCGGAUCCGUUCGAUGUCAGUGACAAUCAUUUCAGUAUGACUAGACUCAUAGUCAGAGGCUGUGUGGCAGGCAAGUGGGGUCCCCCAGGAUGUGAAAAGAUAUGCAAUCUGUGUUUCAAUGGAGGAGUGUGUGAUGAUGAGACAGGAGAUUGCAUCUGCCCACCAGGAUUCAGUGGACCAAACUGCCUCACAGCUUGUGGUAGACACAGAUUCGGGUGGCAUUGUGAACAUGAGUGCGGCGGCCCAAACGACGUCAUUCAGAGUUGUUCAGGGAGCCAGUUUGGUCUGCCGGACCCUUACGGGAACAGCUGCAUCUCAGGAUACUCGGGUAGAUACUGUGAUACAGUAUGCACUUCAGGGUCAUUUGGUGCUGGAUGUACGCAGACCUGUCAUUGUCAGUCUGGAGACUGUGAUCCGUACACGGGCGAGUGUACGAAUGGAUGUGAAUUCGGGUGGUCGGGCACGAGUUGUCAAAUUCCAGGUGACUGCCCAGUCGGUUACUAUGGUGUACAGUGCCUGAGCAAGUGUCAUUGUUUCGAUGAUGAACCCUGUAGUAGAGACAGUGGUCUUUGCAGUAAUGGUGCGUGUGCUUUAGGAUUGCAUUGUGUGUCAGUACCAGAAGCCUGUCCUGCAGGAUUUUUCGGAGCAAACUGCGUCAGGGCCUGUCACUGUCUGAAUACUGCAGCAUGUAACGAGAACUCGCAGUACUGUGUUGGAUCAGACGGCGAAUGUGAACCUGGCUUCCAGUCAGAUGUCCACAUUAACAACUGUUUGUUUGGCAUAACCGAGUUCAAGGUAGUAGCAAAGACCAAUCCAGGUCAGAAUGUUGACUUCAGAUGUGCAGCAUCCUCGUUCGAUACCCUCCCAGCCUCUUCCAUCACCCUAUCAACCUCCCCUAAUGGGAAUGGAGAUACUUUUCGCAUCACAAGUUCUGCAACUGUCAAUUGGGUGCUGGUCAACACAUAUUCUGUACCCGGACUACGGACCAAUGAAAGCAUUUACUGUAUUCUGAACUACAACAUGAUAACUACAAGCAUGUCCUUGCACGUAGAUUUUUAUGCAUUACCUCAGCUGAGUCUGCCACCCAGUGUGACAGUUGCAUCUACAUCAGCCACGUGUGGCUGCAGCGAGAGAGAGGGGCCAGGAGGAGAAGGACCAAUGUGUCCUGCAACUCAGUUUACAUUGACCCUACCUGAGUUACCACCAACACUAACCACCGGCGGUCCUGCAGCCAUGGAAUCGGCCACGCCAUCCACUCAAUCAACCAUGGAAUCAGCCACAUCAUCCACUGAAUCAACUACACGUGUAAAGAACCUACCUCCGAUAGCAUAUACAACCUCAAAUAUCAAAGCGCCAACUCCCCCACAACCAACCCCAUCUGGCUCAUCAAGCAUAGUCCUGAUUGUUGUCAUUGUCGUCGUCGUGAUUGUCGUGAUUGUCGUGACUGUGGUUUCAGGCAUUUGUUUCCUGCGUCAUCGAAGAAGUAGAAGAAAGUCCGCAAAAACACAAUCAACGGGAGGGCAGGAAUUGGUGACAUAUGAGAAUGAAAUGUUUCAGCCCAAUGACACCAGUGUGACAGACUACGAGAGGGUCGGCCAUGCUCGGCCAGUAUCAUACGAUGACGUGAGUGUCGCUCCAUCGCCAACUUAUGAAGAUCCAGGCCUGCCGUCCUGGGCCCAGAGCUGGAGUAUCCCAUUGAAGAAUAUGAUCAUCGGCGAAAAGAUCCUGGGCAAGGGAAAUUUUGGAGAAGUUCGCGACGGAGCAGUGAUGGUUGGAGGAGAUAUCUCAAAAGCAGCCAUAAAGACACUAAAAGCGAAUGCAUCAGCAAAUGACAGGCUGAAUUUCAUGGAGAAAUUUCGGACUCUAACAACAGUUGGACAGCAUCCAAACGUGGUCAGUAUUCUUGGAGCUUGUCAACAUGAAGACAAUCUGUACGUUGCAUUUGAGUUCAUGCCAAAUGGUGAUCUGCGCACCUACCUGAGAAAUGCCCGAUCCCUGGGGGACGAUGAUCAGUCAACUCUGUCUUCUGAGAAGCUGAUUCAGUUUGCUUUGGAUGUUGCCAAAGGAAUGCAACACCUUGCUGCACUGGGGAUAAUCCAUCGUGAUUUGGCGGCAAGGAACAUCCUCCUUGGCAGUCAACUAGUUGCCAAGGUUUCUGAUUUUGGCUUGUCUCGAGGAGAGGAUAUCUACGUCCAAACUUCGAGGACUCCGGUUCCUACUCGCUGGCUGUCUCUGGAGUCGUUGACUUCCAAGAUUAACACAUUGAAGAGUGACGUAUGGUCCUUCGGAAUCCUCCUGUGGGAAAUUGCAACCUUAGGUGCAACUCCUUACGAAGACAUUAAAUCUAAGAAUCUUUUGUCGAGGUUGGAGAAUGGAUACCGCAUGUCCAGACCAAGCAACUGUGAUGAUGAAAUCUACAACUUGAUGCUACUGUGCUGGCAGGACGACCCGGCCAACCGACCUCAUUUCAAGAAACUGGUGACUCGCCUGACAAGUAUGGCCGACAGCCAAAAUGAACAUAUGUAUAUGCGACUUCUACCGAAGGCCGAAAAUUAUAUGUACUUGAUGAUUCGCCCUGAGCUGGACGACAACUGACGGUAAAGAGACAUA